UCCUUAUCUUCCUUGUUGCUUCCAUUUCAUGAAUAAACCCUAAAUUUUCUACAUAUAUACAAUACCCAACUCUUCCUCAUUACGGUUGCUUGUUAUUUACUGUGUCAUCUUUGAAAAUGAUCAUGAGUUUUUUUCAUUUUUGCUACCGUUACUUGAUUAUCAUGCUCAUUAUUAUUACAGGCUCAGGUUUGAUUCUUGGAAGUCAAUCAGGUAUAGAGACUGAAUUCUUACAGUCAUAUGAUGAAAAUAAUAAUUAUUCACUAACGAUGACCAAGAAAAUGCAACAAUAUUCGUACUCAGCUCAUAACAGAAAGCUUUUGUUUCACGGUAGUUGCUCAAACAGAGAUAUAAGCAUAUCACAAAGUAGAGAUUCAAGUUCAGGAAUACCACAGUACAUAGUUCAGAUUAUAAGCACAUGCAGCGUAUCAAGAUGUGCUCCUUCAAAUAUUCAUCUCCAUUGUGGCUGGUUUGCCUCUGCAAGAAUGGUAAACCCAACAAUAUUCAAGAGAUUAUCCUAUGAUGAUUGCUUGGUUAAUGGAGGAAAAGCUUUGAAAAAUAGCCAGAUGAUCAGAUUUGCAUACUCCAACUCCUUCAUGUACAUUCUUGCUUUCAAAACUGCCAAUUUCUGCUGACCCUAAAGCAACAAAUUUUCUAAAACUACUCAAUAGUUCGUGUGUAUGUAUUUCAUGUAUAAAUUUGACAUUGUUACUAGUUUUGUCACCAUUUUAGAUUGGCUUAAUGUCCAAAAAAACUUCAAACUCUUA